CUGCAUCUGGUGGCUUUAAACUUGCCAUUUUCUGGUGACAUCCGAGCAGAUUUUCAGUGUUUUCAACAGGCCCAACUAGCAGGUUUGACAUCUACCUAUAGAGCCUUCCUCUCAUCGCAUUUGCAAGAUCUGGCCACAGUUGUCAGAAAAACCGACCGAUAUCAUUUACCAGUAGUCAAUCUUAAGGGAGAAACACUUUUCAGUAACUGGAAUUCUAUAUUUAAUGGAAAUGGUGGACAAUUCAACAUUCAUGUUCCAAUAUACUCCUUUGAUGGGAAGAACGUGAUGACUGAUUCAUCUUGGCCUCAAAAAGUAAUAUGGCAUGGUUCAACUACAAAUGGGAUCCGACUGGUUAGCAACUACUGUGAAGCCUGGCACACAGCUGAUAUAGGAGCUAUGGGACAAGCAUCACCACUGAAGACAGGGAAACUUCUUGAUCAGAAAGUAUACAGCUGUAGUAAUCAGUUUAUUGUUCUCUGUAUAGAAAACAGUUUUGUAUCAGAUCCCUAAGGAAAAUAAUUCACCUGUUGCACAUAGGAAUAUUCCAUUUUAUGACAGAAAAAGCUGACACUGAAAUUUC